GGAUGAGCAUGAGAUUUAUAACUUUCUAUUCUUCAAGGUUAAGAGCAAUACUGAAUGGAUUAUAUUAAGGAUGGGGAGAAAUUUAAAUAACAGGUUUAAUUCUCAUUUUACUGAACCUCUUUCUUCAAAAUUACAAGUUUUCAUUUCCUAAAAUUUGGAGCAGAUGAAACAAACAAAUUCAUCAGAUCUUAAGUGCGUUGUGGUGACUGGACUGGAUUGGACUGGGCUGGAAAGAUAUUCAUGCAGAGAAUCAGAAUUGUGAAACUGCUGUGCACAAAAUGUUUCAGAACACAUCUGUAUCUACAUUUUUGCUUCUAGAAUUCUCCAAGACCUGGGAACUGCAGAUUCUCCAUUUCACUGUAUUCCUGUUGUUAUAUUUAACAAUUAUAAUAGGGAACAUUUUAAUCAUCUCUGCAGUAGCAUUUGACCAUCAUCUUCAUACACCAUUAUAUUUCUUUCUGAUGAAUUUGGCUGUGCAGGAUUUGUGCUCUGUUUCAGUGAUUCUUCCCAAAUCCAUGAUCAAUUCCCUCCUGAAUACCAGGGACAUUUCUUAUUUUGGAUGUGUUGCUCAGGUUUUUUUGUUUUUCUUUUUUAUAUCAUCAGAUUUUUUUCUUCUCACAGUCAUGGCAUAUGACCGGUAUAUUGCUAUCUGUAAUCCACUGCACUAUGAAAUGAUGAUGAGCAAGCAAGCUUGUACACGAAUGGUAGCUAUGGUAUGGUUUGCUGGUCUUGCUUAUGGGGUUAUACACACGAGUGGGACUUUUGCAACCCCUUUCUGCUCUAAUGUGAUAAAUCAAUUCUUCUGUGAGAUCCCCCAGUUACUUAAACUUGCUUGCUCUGACUUAUAUUUAAUUGAACUUGGAAUUGUAGUUCUAAGUGUUGCCAUUGGGGUAGGUUGCUGUUGCUUCAUUAUUGUGACUUAUGUACAUAUCUUCACAGCACUCUUUCAGAUUCCUUCCUUGCAGGGAAGACAAAAAGCAUUUGCAACCUGUCUUCCUCACAUCAUUGUAUUUUCCAUGUUUUUAUUUACAGGAAGUACUGCUUAUUUACGACCAACCUCUGACACUCCAUCAUAUCUGGACUUGAUUUUUACAGUGAUAUAUUCAAUGCUUCCUCCUCUGCUGAAUCCAAUUAUUUACAGCAUGAGAAACAAGGCAAUUAAAAAAGCUCUCUCAAAACUAUUCAGAGGAAAACACUGUUCCCUGAAUACAUCAUGCAGAUUGAGCUAGAAAUUGGAUUAGUGCCUAGCUAGAU